UCCUUGCUCAAAAAUUCAAAAGCGAUUUAGAACUUGCAAAGUGCGGGUCGUAAGCGAACACGUAGUUGUGGAAAAUUACCAAGCGAAAAAAAGAAAACUAAAUAAAAAAGUGAAAAAGGAACUAUACUGUUGAAAAAUAUUGAAAAUUUAAUAAAAUUCCUUAUUGUUACGGAGUGCAAUUAUAGUGUCCUCAAAAAAUGCGUCUGUUGUUGGAUCAGCAAAUCGAACUCAUCGAUCCUUCUGAACUCUUGCGUCCCGAAGCCUCAUUCGCAGACAAAUGCAUCUCGAAAUUCCGCGACUACAGCAUCGAUACCGAGGAUCCUUUGAAGGAGCGUGUUCGCAGAACCUAUCGCGAAAUGCAUCUGAACCAAACUGUGGAUUUUGUAAAAAGCCGUCACGCACGAUGGCUGAAGUUCAACACCUUCAAGGCCACAGUUCGCGAAGCGCUUGAGAAGCUCAACGAUCUGGUCGACGAAUCUGAUCCCGACAUCGAUCUGCCCAACAUUGUACACGCCUUCCAGGCGGCAGAACGCGCACGCGAAGAAUUCCCCGAACUCGAUUGGCUACACCUGACCGCACUCAUACACGAUCUUGGCAAAGUGAUGGCCUUCUACGAUGAGCCACAAUGGGCCGUGGUGGGCGACAGCUUUGCCGUGGGCUGCGAGUGGGGCGACAGCAUUGUCUAUCGCAGCGACAGCUUCGAAGGCAAUCCGGAUGGCGAGAAUCCCAAAUACAACACCAAAUAUGGCAUUUAUGAACCAAACUGUGGCAUUGGUAACCUGCUAAUGUCCUGGGGACACGAUGAAUACAUGUACCACGUGCUGAAGCACAACAAAACCAAGUUGCCACAUGUGGCAUGCAACAUCAUACGCUUCCACUCGUUCUACCCCUGGCACAAUGGUGGCGACUACAAGCACCUGGAAGCGCCCGGUGACGACGAGACUAAGAAGUGGGUGCUGAUCUUCAACCGCUAUGAUUUGUAUACAAAGAGCGAAAAGAUGCCCGAUAUUGAAGCACUGUGGCCCUACUACCAGACAUUGAUUGACAAGUAUCUUCCUGGUGUCUUGGAGUUCUAACAUUCUGGCUGCUUGAUUUGGAGUUGAGUUUUAAUGGAGAAAAGCUUUAAAGUCGCAUCGCAAUCAUUUCACGGGGCUAACUAUAUACCGACAACAUUUACAUCUCAAUAUACAUAUAUAAACUAUAUAUAAUAUGUAUGUAUACCUCAAACUUAUGUAUGCACAUACACUAUUUUUAUAAAUGUAAAUUAGCUUUUAAGCCAGCAAUGACAUGAGCUUUUGUAUACAGUGGCUGUCAAUAGACUUAUAAGUUUAAUGUUAUAUAAUGCCAGCGAAUUUAUAAAAAAAUAUAAUAUAUAAUUAUAUAAUAUAAU